GCCACCGACCACCGGCGUCUACGGCCCCGUUCGGUUGCUAGGGUUAGGGGCGCCGCUUCGCCGCCGUCGGGCCCGCUACGAGCCGCCGCCCCUCCCCUCGCCGGCCCCUCCCCCCAUCGCACCGUCGCCGGCCCGCCGCCCACUAGCGGUCGCGCUCGCCCAAUCACCGCUCCCGCACUCGUGCUCGCGGUCGCGGUCGCGGUCGCCGCUCGCCCAAUCGCCGCCGCCGUGUCCGUCCCUCCACCCACUGCAGGAAUCCUAUUAGCGCUAUAUUUGAAGCCUAGUACUGGAUGUGAACCUGCAUUUCCAAAAUCCUACCCCCACCCAACCCCUGUGCAAAGGUAUCCCGGCGGCGAACGCCGGAGCCGCUGCUUGAGCAUCUACUAGGACAGGUAACCUUGCCCUGAUCGGGGACGGUGUUCCUCUCACGCGAGGGAGAGCACCGGUGCCGUGUCGGAGACUCAAUGGGCUCCCGCGCCUCGCCUCCUCACGACUACCUUCACAUGCAUGUUGAGCAACUAAGGAGGCGCCAUCAAUCAUUAUCGGAAUUGACUUAUGCAAGGGAUGAAGAUGCAAAACUUGAGACCACACGGGCAAGGCUAUCAAACAUCCUCAAAAGGCAUGAAGAUUUGAAGGAGCGCCUUUCACGGGAUUCUGAUAAGCUGAUAUUUGAGCGUCUACAGAAAGAAUUUGAGGGUGCUCGAGCUGCUCAAACUGAAGAGAUUUCAAUAGAUGAUGAUGACUGGAAUGAUGGUUUGCUGGCUACUUUCCGUGAGAAGGUCCAUAUGGAGGCUGACAGGAAGGCCAUGGCUAACCAAGUAAAUGUUCCAGCAGAUCUUCCAUUACAGUCAAAGACUACAUAUAGGAUUAGAAAUAAGGUUAUCUAUUGCUUGGAUGGAGCGAGAAUUGGCAUCCAGUAUGAGACAUUCUUUGCCGGGGAGCCUUGUGAAAUAUUUCAUUGUGUUCUGGAAAGCAAGUCCUUCCUGGAAAAGAUGACUUUGAUUGAGCACACCUUACCAUUCUUUCUGCCCAUACGUGAACUGGAAAGUGAUCUCCUGUCAUCUAAUGCCAUCAAAUUUAUUGAUCAUCUUGAAGAAAUUUUACAGGCUUAUAUUGACAGGAGAGAGCAGGUUCGUCUUAUCAAGGAGCUCUAUGGGAAUCAAAUUGGCGAACUGUUUCACAGUCUUCCUUACAAUGUGAUAGAGUUCGUAUUGGAGGAUUUUGAGUGCAAGGUCACAGUCAGUAUCCGAUAUUCGGAUCUACUUCUGACCCUGCCAAGUCAAGCAAGAGUCUUGGCUUGGCCACUUCGCUCGUCAAAGAGAAUAUCUACACGAAGCAGCAGUGCGUCAGCUGCACAGCCGGUACCUUUUCGCCUUCCAUAUGCUGAGGAAGCACUCAAGACCUUGUGUCUACCAGAAGCGUACGCAGACAUUGUGUUGGACCUACCCCAUGCUCUGAAGAGGAUUUUUUCUGCUCAAGACAGUGACUGAAUCUUGUGGAGGAUGCUCAUGAGACCUUAUGGUUUCUAGACUACAACAUGGAACAGGUGGUUGAAGAUGUUUAGAAGUGUCAGUAUAGUCUCUAGUUGCUGAGUAUAUUGCAAAAGCCUAGCAAGAUAUUGUAGUCAAGGUAUAAUUGAUUGCUGUCAUCGUUGCAUGCUUCUAAGCUCGAAACAUGCGUAACUUGAGACUGCAAUUUUCCAAAGAGUGUGUGCUAGUUUUGAAUUUCCA